AUGGCCGCCCCACAGAUACCAAACCUCAAUACCCUUCGACGCGGCAGGGGAAGAGGACGAGGCGGAAGUCAAAGAACGGAAGAGGGGCCUGGUCGUACGAGCGGCAAAGACCGUGUUAUCCAAGGCACCGACAAUGAUGCGAGCGUCUCCCGUUUGAGUGCUGUCAGACUGGGCUACCUGGACGAUCCCUAUGCGGAAGCUCUUACACCAGCCGAAAACGCGGUGCGGAGGUUCCCGAUUAUCAACAGAGGGACAUACGUCCGGACGACGGCAAUCGAUGAGCUUGUCACACGAUUCCUUGGUCCAUACACGCCCCAGUCUGUGCCGAAGAGGAAACAAAUUAUUUCGCUCGGUGCGGGGUCAGACACGCGUGUCUUUCGACUGCUUGCCUCGCGGCAACCGCCAGACGUCAUCUAUCACGAGAUCGAUUUCGCGGUCAAUACUACUGCAAAAAUCAAGGCGAUUCGAUCAACGCCACUCCUACAACGGGCGGUGGGGAUCACUCCUUCAAACGACGAAGUAUCCCUGUCCGAAACGGGCGAUGCCCUCCACUCUCCGUGUUACCAUAUUCAUCCUCUAGACCUGCGAUCAUUAUCUGCUACAGAAGACCCCUCGAAAAUCAUGCCCGGCUUCAAAACAGAGCUCCCCACACUCCUUGUAUCGGAAUGUUGUCUUGUCUACUUAUCACCAACAGAGGCAGAGCAAGUUCUUUCAUGGUUUACCAAGGCCUUGGGCAAAGGGGCAGAUGUAACCGGGACGGCAAACAUCGAAACGCCCAUCACACCACUCGGCCUCAUCCUGUAUGAACCCAUUCGGCCAGACGAUCCAUUUGGCCGGACAAUGGUGGCCAACCUCGCCACGCGGGGGAUCAAGCUGCAAACCCUCCAAAAAUACCACUCUCUGGGCGCACAACGCACCCGUCUGAAAGAGCAAGGGUUUAUCAGCACACAAGCCGCUGCUGACAUUGAAUUCAUAUGGGAGCAUUGGGUCAACGAACAGGAAAAGGAGCGGGUGGCUGAUAUCGAACGGCUGGACGAGAUGGAAGAAUGGCAGCUGCUUGCGCGGCACUACUGCAUUGCCUGGGGGUGGAGAAACGGAAUUGACCCUACAGCCUUCAGUGGCUGGAGCACUCUGCCGUCCCAAUCCAGCGAACAAUAA